AUGGCUGUAUUGAACGAGAUCACGAAGGAGAAGAAAACCCAGGGCCGGCAGAGAAUAGAAAUUAAAAAGCUUGAAAACGGAAGCAACAAACAAGUCACCUUCUCCAAGCGCCGUUCCGGCCUCUUCAAAAAGGCCGCCGAGCUCAGCGUCCUUUGUGGUUCCGAGGUCGCCGCCCUCGUCUUCUCCCCCAAUAGCAAGCUCUUCGCCUUCGGUCACCCCUCCGUCGACUCCAUCGUCCUCCGAUACGCUCAUGGCACGAAUACUGCUGCUGCCGCCGCCGCCGCCAGCACUUCUACUAAUGUUGUUACGAAUGUUUUUGAAGAGUUUAACAGAGAUUAUGUCGAGGCAGUGAAAGAGCUUGAGGCCGAGAAGACUAGGUUGGCGGAGGAGAAGAAGAAAGAGAAGAUCGGCGGCGAAAAGUUCUGGUGGGACGAGGGGAUAGAGGGUAUGGGAAUGGAGGAGCUGAGGCAGCAUAUGGCCGCGCUGAUUGAGCUAAGGAGGAGAGUGGCUGCAAGGGUUCAGGAGUUGAAGGCAGCGCCACCGGAAAACGCUACUUCUUUGGCGGUUGUAGUCCCGCUGCAGCCAUCGUCGUUUGGCCAUGCUCGCCUAGGGUUUGGGAAUGGAAAUAUGCAUUUCUGA